CCCUCUUUGUUUAACGCUGCACUUGGGAGUUUUACUUUUUCCCAUUUGAUUUAAUUUGAAACGAUUCCCAGUUGUUGAUAAAUAACUGCACAACAAAGAAUCAAUAUUUGAUUAAGCGAUAAUCAUAUGAGCGCUUUUGGAUCUGCUGGAUGUCCAAAGAAGAAGAAAUAGCGCACGGAGAGAAGCUAAUGUAGCUAACGUCGUCCGCCUCCGUUAUAAGGAAGCUAACUUGUGCAGCUCGCAGCAGAAUGUCCAAACUUGAGCGUUUGAAUGUCCGUGUGGCCAAACUGCUGAGCGAAGCGGUGCAGGAGGUCCUGGAGGUGGUGAAGGAGACGGUGUCCGAGUACCAGGCCAAAACUGUCCGGACUCAGAGGGAGAAUGAGAGUCUGAGGAGACGCCUGCAGGAGCUCCAGGACAGGAUACCAAGAGAAAAUACACCCGCUCCACCCACCAGUGUGCCUGAAGAAAAAGAUGACAUUAAGAACCACAAGCAGGAUGUGAGUGUCAUUCAAAGGCCAAAAACAGACGCCAGUGUUACGGAGCAGAAGCUGAUAAACGGCCACAAACGCGACGGCGGCGUGAAGCAGGAGUCCGGUGAACAGGAGGCUCGCAGUGACGCUCCGGCUCAGACAGAGAGCAGCUCGGCACCGCUGGCCCCAGCACAACCAGAAGAGGUGGCGAAGGCGGUCCAGACAUCGCACAGUGAGAGCAAGGACAGUGGCGCUGCGGCAACUGACAGCUCGUACUCCAGCGUCCCUUAUGGAGUGAACCUUUCCGCCAUCAAAAGUGAAGCGGAGCCGGCCGACUUCACGCCGUCAGAGCAGCUGUCCGUUCAGCCGCAGACCGCUGAAUGUGUGGAUUUGAGCCGCUACGGCUCCUCCCACCAAACUGCGGCCGGGACCCCGCAGGCCGGCGCCGAGCCUUACGGACUCGUCUUCGUCCACUCGAGCCACGGCGCGCACAGGAGGCAUGGGUUUUCCAAAAACAGCAGGGCGGCUUUCGAAGAGAGGCAGGCGUGGGCGGAGCACGCCAAGGCGGACAACCUCCACCUGUGCGUCCUGUGCGGGAAGACGUUCAGCAGGGUGGGGAAUUUAAGGAUCCACCAGCGGUGCCACACGGGGGAGAAGCCGUACGGCUGCAUGCAGUGCGGGAGGCGCUUCCGGCAGACGGGAGACCUGAAGAAACACAAGAGGGUCCACACGGGGGAGAAGCCCUAUUACUGCCAGCAGUGCGGGAAGAGCUUCAGCCGAGGGGAAAACCUCAAGAGACACCAGAGGAUCCACAUCGGAGAGACUCUGCAGCUCCAGCAGGCGUGGAGCGAGCCGCAGCUGUGAUUCCAAAACCCCAUUCUUCUGUCAAGUCGGGAUUUGCUUGAGUUUCUUCCACUGUUGGGGACUGCGCCCGUAGUUUAAGAAGUACUUGCAGCGUGUGUAGAUUGUAAGGAGUAGAGUUUGUGAAAAGGCUGGUCUGCUAAAUUCAUACAAAGAUUCUCUUGUUUCUGAUUUGUAGCCCGUUGGGCAGGUUAUGCUUGAUUUGUCUGUUUCUGAACAUUAACAUCAGCUAAACUUAAAUUAAUGCUUUUCAACGUAUUUUUAAAAAUUGAUCAAAUGUGGUCAAUUAUGAAGCAACCCCUGUUGUUAAAUCAUGUUUCAAGGUCGAAAAAAGUCAGAUUUACUAAUGAAACACAUCCAGUCAUCAAUCCUCCUUCUGUUACUUGUUGCGGCACUGUCUGAGCCGUCACAGCCUCAUUUGGCACAAUCUGGUCGGAUUAGAAGUCACAGACUUUCAUAAAAGGCUUGAUUGGACCAGUUUGCCAGAGUUUGCACUUUUAUUAUAUCGUACUUUUUAAAAGCAAACGUGAUCGGAUGUCAUUUGAAUAUAUUUGCUUUACUUAAGUAAAUUUAUGGGUCACAUACAAAGAGUUUUUCAUGCUGAGUGAGUGAAUGUCAAAGACAGAAACUGUUUGACUGCUGAAUAGCAUGGCUGCCAUGAAGCUGGCCUGAUUUUCCAGACUCAAUAGAGGACCAGUGUGUAAAAGUAAAGAAAGUCUAAUCUAAGUCAGUCUUCUUUAAAAUGAAACGGAUGCUCUUCCUGAACGCAGGAAUCUUUUUCGCGGCCAUGGUGGUUUCUCUGAAACGCAAGCAAUAAGAGGAUAAUGGGAGCAAUAGUGGAGGCAAACCACCGGUCGUUUAAGCGCUUUGCUGUUUGUUGGUUGUAUUUAUUGCGGAAUGAUUACAGUUUGCACAGCAGAAGCAAUAAAGUAAAUUAUUGUCACCA